UGAAAAACCUUUUUUUAUUGCCGUGCUUUUUCAUUUCUCAAGAAAAUGAAAAUACUUGAUCAUCAAAAAAACAUCAUCAAUUACAAUGGAACGCCAUUUACAACAUAACCUCAAAGGAUUGUCAUUGAAAGGUUAUUCUUGGUUGGAAUCAAAGCAAAAAUGGAUGAAAAAGGUUCGCUAAAAGUAUUGAUGACUUCAAUGAUAGGCCUGGGCCAUUUGAAUGCAUGCAUUGGAAUUGGUUCACUUCUUCGUAAACGCGGUCAUCAAGUUUACUUUGCCCAUUUUGACGUAAACAAGGAAGUUAUUGAAAAGCAUGGCUUUCAUUACAUCUCAUUGUGUGAAUACAAUGAUAAAAAUUAUCCCAUAAUGAAUGGAAUGCCACCCAAUCUUGCUAAAAUGUUGGAAGCACGUUUUAAGAUGGCAACCAAGUUUUCACCUUUGGACAUUUUGAAAAAGUCGAUUGAAUCUGAUUCAGGUGCUGAUGAAGGGCUAGUCUUUAUACUUGAAGCUGCUAAAGGCGAGAACUGUGCAAUGUUGAACAUCAUUGAGAAGAUAAAGCCAGAUGUCUGUUUAGUGGACCAUUUGUGGACUAUGCCUUGGACGGUUAAAGCUUCAUGUCCAGUGAUUCCUGUUUGGUCAGCCUCUCCAGUUGAUCUGUAUAAUGGUCCACCAAUGGGUUCAGGUUAUUCACUACAUGAGCCACCGCAGCUAUGGUCUGAGUACCUAAAGUUGAAGGAAAAGUUCGAGCAGAAUAUUGUAGCGAAAGCAAAGGAAUUGUUCACAUUGUUUGAUGCUGAAUUCAAACCACAGCUUUAUGCAAAGCAACUAGGUAUCUACAUUUUCCCUGGUCCGUUAGAUUACCAUGAAUUGGGUUCGCCGAAAGAAAACUGGGUUCGUCUCGACUCAUCCAUUCGAGCUCCAGAAACACAAAAUUUUGAAUUACCAGAGAAACUGAAAGAUAAACCAGGAAAAUUGAUUUAUGUCUCAAUGGGAACUGUUGCUUCAGUGAUUCCCCAGCUGAUGGAAAUGAUUGUUUCUCCCUUAGCUAAAUCCCGCCAUAGAUUCAUUGUUUCAACAGGUGUUUAUGGAGGUGCGAUUGAACUUCACGAUAACAUGUGGGGAGAUAAAUAUAUCAAUCAAAUCGCUCUCUUACCCAAAGUUGAUCUAUUCAUAACUCAUGGAGGAAGCAAUUCACUGGUCGAAGGUCUAUCUGCUGGUAAACCAUUAAUUGUCAUUCCUCAAUUCGGUGAUCAACCAGACAAUGCUCAACGAAUAGUUGAUCUUGGCUUAGGUGUGAGGAUAAACUUACAUGAAUUUAGUGGUGAAAAGCUGUCAAAAGCCAUUGAAGAUGUGCUCAAUAAUAAAGAGAUUCAUUCAAAUGUUGCUCGAGUAAGUGAAGAGCUGAAAAGGACCGAUUCAAGAGAUAAAGUUAUCUCGCUCAUUGAACAACUGGCUCGAAACAAAACGCUUUGAGACAAAUUUCGAUUUUGGUCAUCUUUUUUAUCGCAAUUGCUCAUCGGUUAUUUUGCAACACUCACAACAUCAGGUUUCAAUUAGAUUCUGAUUCCAAGCUAGUCUUUAGUCUUUAUGUACACAAAAGUCGUACGCUAUGUAUUGUUUAUUCAUAACUCGGCAACAGAAAAAAAUAAUUUUGAAUUCUCAGUAAACCUGUUUUUUAUAAAAUUUGAAGUUGAAUUCAGUCUUGUAUUAUUAAUUAUUUAUAACGAAAAAAUGUACAAACUAAGAUAUUAAAGAGAUUUUAUGAUAAA